AUGCCACGAGCAAGUGACCUUCUUCUUGGAGUCUCAAUAUUUGGUGAGCCAAUCAAGACUAAAAUCAUUGAUCGUGCAAAUUCAGCUAUGGAAGAAUUGUGCAGGCUAGGGAUUGCUGCUGGAGAACCUAUAUGGCAUAAACAUAAAGAUAGAUACGAAAUUCUUGAUGAUGCCGAAUAUUUGAAAGCAUUUGGUCGGGUUGAUUCAACGUUAAUGGAUAUCAUUAGGUUGGCUGAGGUUGGAGAGCUGCAAGCUUUACCUAGUUUUGAUUCGUGCCGAAACAUGAAUCCAAUUUCGACAAAUCAAUGUUCCGGACAAGGUUUGCAGAUCGAAGCUACACGCGAUAUGGAACUGAUUAGCACCAGUCCAGUUAGUGUUGCUGAAUUACUUAUGGAUGUGAAUCAAUGGUCGAUGACAUUUCACAACAUUGUCUCAAGAGCAACGGUUCUAGGAAGCUUUUCAGAUGGAGUGGAAGGAACCUAUGAUGGAAAAUUGCAUGUGAUGACUGCAGAAUUUCAUUUACCUAGUCCUGUUAUACCUACUAGGGAGUGUUGUUUUGCAAGGUACUGCAAGAAAUUCCCUUAUAACAGAUGGGCUGUUGUUGAUGUAUCGUUGGAAGACUUCUUUCCUUGUGCAACAAGCAAUCUUCGAAAAAGACCUUCAGGCUGUGUCAUUUUGCCAGCGGAUAAAGGAGGCACCCAGGUUAUAUGGGUGGAGCAUGUGGAAGCAGAUCAUAGUCAAUUGAAUGAUCUUUUCAAGCCAUUAGUUACCUCUGGUUUGGCUUUUGGUGCCGCACGCUGGAUUGCUUCUAUUGUCCGGCACUUUGAGUGGUCAGAUGUACUGACGGCUACAACUCUUGCUGCAGAUGCUGGAGUUAUUAUACCUCAAACUGGAAGGACAAGUUUCUUGAAGUUGGCAGAUAGAAUGAUGAGAAAAUUUUGUGCUAAUCUUAGUGCUACAACUAGCAAUCCAUGGAUGAGAUUGGUUCCUUCUCAUAAUUCAAUGGAUGUUAGAGUUAUGAUUGAUAAUAAUAGGAAUGGUGGUACAAAUAAUCCUCUUGGAACAUCAGUGGUUUUUAGUACUACUAUUUGGUUUCGUGUCUCUCCAAAUCGAUUAUUCAACUUCCUUCGUCAUGAGAAAUCCAGAAACGAGUGGGAUAUACUUUCAAAAACACUUUUUAUUCAAGAAUUUGCCUGCUUGGUGACCAGCAAACAUCCAGAGACUCGUGUUUCUUUGCUGCGAGCAAGUAAUUCUAAGGACAAGACAGAAAUAUUUUACCUGCAAGAGAGUUAUGCAGACUCAUCAGCUUCCUACGUGAUUUACGCGCCACUAGACGAAUCAGCACUGGCUUAUCUUGCAAAAGGAUCAAAUCCAGAUAAGGUAAUUGCAUAUCCAUCAGGAUUUGCAAUUAUUCCAGGAGGGUUACACAGAAAUGGUGAUCAAAGCAAUGGCAAUGAAAGUCUUCUAACUAUUUCAUUUCAUCUACUUGAUAAAGCCAUCACCAAUGAUGGAGCUAUUCCUCCUGAAUCAGUUCAAACAAUUUAUGGGAUCCUUACAGACACUGUUACUGCUAUAAAGGAUGCUUUGACGUAUCAUACUCGACACAACAAUUGGGCGCAAGAUGAAUUGAAAAAUGGCUCGACAAACAAAAACUUUAGUAUGUAGAUACUAUAUAUACAUUGUGUUGUGACUCAUUUUUUUAAUGCAUGUAUUCAAAGCUAAAUAUUUCA